CCGGCUGGGCGCGGAGAAGUCGGCGUGGAGCUGGCAGAGGGGCGGAACGUAACUGUCCACAUUCCCCUCAGCCCAGAGAGAAGGGCACAGUGUGUUCCACUUCCUGCUUCAGCAACCACACCCGCCCCCCCUUUGGGGCUGAUUGAGAGAACCAUCAAACCUGUCAUGUGUGGAUCAGUAGGAACAGCAUUGUUUUCAGUUCACAGUAGAAUUUGCUGUGCCGGAAGUUACAGCUGCCAGCAUCAGCCGCUUUCCUCGGUCCCCCUACCGCCACAGCUCCCCAUGGAGAAGGCUGAGGACGGGUCCCAGGGCUUCCUGCCGCCCUUCGAGCACUUCGCCACUCAGGCCAUCCACGUGGGGCAGGAGCCGGAGCAAUGGACCUCCAUGGCCGUCGUGCCCCCCAUCUCUCUCUCCACCACCUUCAAGCAGCAGGCGCCCGGCCAGCACUGCGGUUUCGAAUAUAGCCGUAGUGGAAAUCCUACUCGGAAUUGCCUGGAAAAGGCUGUAGCUGCACUGGAUGGAGCCAAGUACUGUUUAGCUUAUGCUUCAGGCUUAGCAGCUACUAUGAAUAUUGCACAUUUGUUAAAGAUGGGAGACACUGUUAUCUGUAUGGAUGAUGUUUAUGGAGGUACAAACAGAUAUUUCAGGAAGGUAGCCUCCAGAAUGGGUUUGAAGAUUACUUUUGUUGACUGUAGCAAAUUGGAAUGCCUGGAGGCUGCAAUCACACCAGAUACAAAGCUUGUUUGGCUCGAAACUCCCACAAAUCCCACCCUGAAGGUCAUUGAUAUUCAAGGCUGUGCAGAUGUCAUCCAUAAACAUAAAGACAUUAUUUUAGUAGUAGACAACACCUUUAUGUCAGCAUAUUUCCAGCGUCCUUUGUCUCUUGGGGCAGAUAUUUGUAUGUAUUCAGCAACCAAAUACAUGAAUGGGCACAGUGACGUUGUAAUGGGAUUGGUUUCAGUAAAUUGUGAUGAUCUCUAUGAAAGGCUCAAAUUCUUACAAAAUGCCCUUGGAGCAGUUCCAUCUCCUUUUGACUGUUACCUUUGCAAUCGGGGUUUAAAGACACUGCAGAUCCGGAUGAAGCAGCAUUUCUACAAUGCACUGGCUGUUGCUCAGUACCUUGAAUCAAAUCCCCGGGUAGAAAAAGUCAUUUAUCCUGGACUGCCCUCGCAUCCUCAGCAUGAGCUAAUGAAGCGUCAGGCCACUGGCUGUCCUGGGAUGGUCACCUUUUACAUUAAAGGAAAUCUUGAACAUUCUGAAAUCUUUCUCAAGAAUUUAAAGCUUUUCGCGCUGGCUGAGAGUCUGGGAGGAUAUGAAAGCCUAGCAGAACAUCCGGCCAUUAUGACUCACGCCUCAAUUCCUGAAGAGGAGAGAGAGGUUCUUGGGAUCAAUGAUACUUUGAUUCGCCUGUCAAUUGGUUUGGAGGAUGCACAAGAUAUACUGGAAGAUCUGGAGCAAGCUUUGAAAGCAGCAGUCCCAGAGCAUAUGGUUCGCAACUAGGAAUCUUAAGACCUGAAAUUGGAAGCUGAUCACUACACAGCUAAGACACCCAGAGAAGAUUAAAUGAAAAGCCAAACCACUGAUAAGUUUCUUCAGAUUUGCCUUUAAAAGUGAAAGGCGAAAGAAGGGAGGAAGAAAGAAAGAAAG